UUUAUCAUCAUCAGUCUCAUUCAGCCGAGCUGCACUUGGAGGCUGAAGACGGUGAAAACAAAGUAAUGGUUUCCUCUCUGCUCGCUCUGAUGUUCCUCCUCACAUCGACACCCGUUGCACAACAACUGGGACAUGAGGCGAUACUGGUCCAGGCAGGUGAGAGGGUCGAGCUGCACUGCCCAUGUGAUGUUAAUCGUACUGGUGAUGCCAAACCCAUCUGGACCAGUUCUACCCAGCUGGAGAUGGAUCUGACUAACGGGUCCGGUGUGCUGGUUCACGGGAUGAGUCUCGUUAUUCCCUGUGCAUCUGGAUGUCAUCAGGGGAACUACUCGUGUUCUCUGGGGAAUUCCAGCUGCCAGUCCCGGUUCACUGUGACAGUGAACCCAGCACCGUCCAGAGGAAAUGAAGAGAGCUUCUACGAUAAGAUAUGUUACUCACAACAGUCCUGCAGAUUGACUUGCCCUCAUGUAAACACCCCAAGAGUAAAUAUGACCAGCAACGGCAUCACGUGGCUCAAGGAGGGACGGCCAUCGCCAAAUGACGGGUACUUCCCGAUUGCGGAAGAGAACCACAGUGGUGUGUACACCUGUACUAGCCAGGUGUAUAACGUGACCUCUACAGUUGUACUUCGUGUCGAACCACAGAAAAAGAUGACAACUGCAGUGAUCCUUUCACCGCAACAUGAGGAAGUAUUUUAUGUGGAAUUGGGUUCAAGAAAGGUGAUCGAGUGUGAAGCUGUGACCUGCUCAAACUUUGACAGGUUGAUCUGGUUGAAUGAGAAAUCUGUCAAAUCUACCAAACGGGCACCUCGUGGUGAAGAAAAAAAGAUAACGGUAUCUCUGGUCUUCCAAAAAGUGUCAGAAGAGGAUCUUCUAAAAAACUAUACCUGUAGACUGCGAUCUACUUGCCAGAGCGUGAGCUCCGUCACCGUUACUCUCAGAACAGGAAAGUCCAUGUUUUUUGGGGGUCAAAACUCUCGCCGCUCUUACACGCCCCUGAUACUCAGCACUGUGGGCAUCGUGUUUGUGAUGAUUGUGACCCUAUUUAUCUACGUGAAGUUGAAAAUUGAAAUCACUCUUUUCUUAAGAGACACUCUUGGCUGCCAUAGAAGAACUUCAGAUGGAAAGUGCUACGAUGCUUUUUUGAUGUGUUAUGAGAGCGACGGAGGCGCAGGACUCAACGCUCAGGACAGGAAAUGUCUGCAGAGUGUUUUGGAGGAGAGGUUUGGUUACAGCCUCUGUCUCUAUGAUCGUGACGUCUUACCAGGGAAAGCUGCAGCGGAGGCCGUGGUUGACUGCAUAGAGGAGAGCCGGACGGUGGUUCUGGUUCCCACCUCUCCAGAUCCUGGUCUUGGGUCCGGCCUGCUGAGUGCCAUCCAUGCUGCUCUUGUGGAGCGGCAGACUCGCUUGAUUUUCAUCACAACUGAGACAACGGAAGCGUCGACGCCAGGUUCCCUAUCUGAGGCCCUGCAGCCUCUCAGUGAGGCUGGAGACUGCGUCACCUGGAAGGGCCCGAGCUCCAUGUCGUCCUCCUCCUCCUUCUGGAAACAGCUACGCUAUCAUCUACCGGCCUCACGGCAACCUUCUAAAAUAAAUCAUCUACCACUGACAACCAAGGAUGUUGCCUCAUGGCGAAAUGUUUAACCAAGUUAUAGAUCCACAUCCUAUGUCAUAUCUAUCUUUACUACCAUCGUGUAUUCUGUAUUCUCAAUAAAGAAUUAAAUCUAACUUUU